UCGGCGAGCAGUUGACACCUGCCUCCUGCAUCUGUGCGAGAGAUUUUCGUCCUGGAGUGCUCAGGUCAUCUUGCAGAACUGAACUGAGGCAGUUCGACAGUGCCUGUCACCGUUUUGCGGGCGGAGAGAGCGUGAUGUUGGAGAGAGACGCAUGAAAAGUGAGUGUAUGUAUCAGUGGCCGCGAGCAACGCAAAACACAACAACAACAACAAACACAGCCAAGUGUAAAAACCUUCGCACCUGGGAGUCUCGGCUGUAGAGGAGCGUAAACCUGACAGAAUGUACGGCAAGGGCAGCGGGCGCCCUGGACGGGAGGACGACAGCCAAGUUUGUCACGCAGUGGUUGGUGUCGAGCGGGCCCAGGAUGCUUCGCCAGCACCUCAUCUCGAGCCCAGAGGGUUGUUACCGGUAUCAAGAACUAGUGUUGCGGCAGCCCUGUCCGGUAGACUUGGUGCCAUGCGUCCUCCAGUGGUGGCUAGGGAACACUCGCCAUGUGCUGGGCCCAGCCACAAGGGUGUUGGAAUUGGGCAGCAGGGUGCAAGAGGCUGUCCAGGAGGAGGCCAAAGGCCUCAUCAGUUAAAAUUCCUUUUUGAUGAUGUGAAAAGGGCCACUCUUGCCCACCAGAUGGGCGCUCAUUUUAAAGCCGCUUACGCUGUUGACCCGAGCCCAGAUGCAGCCAGCAGUCGUGCAGGUUUUGCUUUGGCGAGCGACAACGAAAGGUCGACGGCGGCACCGAAAAGGCCCCUUGCGCAGCUGCAGCCAAAUGCAACAGGCCUGGCGCCAGACCCAGUGGUCCUCCUCAAACCAAGCGACUUCAUGGCCGCAGUACAGCCUCCACAAGGCAUGCUGCAGAACCAAAACGAGGAGCAGAUGACAACCACCAGCACCGCCAAGUCCGCCACGAGCCGAGUAGGACAGGCAGGCACGCCGCCACUCCUGCCCAGCCACAACCCAGGCAGUGCUGAGCUGCAGCCUCCACCAGCUGAGCCCGCUCGGAGAGGCGAUACUCUGUCCAUGGCGAGAAGCGCGCCGUGCCAACUUUUUGCCGUACCCGAUGCAGACUCCUAUGUUGGCAGCUUAUCGCCUACAAUUAUUGACAAUUCUAAUGCCAACUACACAAAUGAGGUUAUUGCUGAUGGUGAAGGUCAAAUCCCUCCUUUAGACGUUCUCUUCAACUUGUCACAAGUGACAAACUUAGUUGACCCUUCCGCUGCCAUCCCGGAAGGUACAGUGAGAUUGGAGCUGAAAGAGCAGGGAUUCACGUACUACAGAUUGAUCCCGAGCGCAAGAGGACCUCCAAAGAUCUUACCCGGAUUUGAAAAGGCCGACUCUAAAAACCUGCCUGACGUCGAUAUGGUCAUGUUGGCACAUUACCUAAGCACCAAAGGUUCCAUGUGGAGUCCGGAACUCCGGCUGUUGAAAGCCGCUAGGCAAGCACGCCAGUUAAAUUAGUUUUAGGAUGAAGUUGUUAAUUUUUAGUGUUGCUCCGUAAAAUUUUUUCCAUUGAUAUCAGCUUGUAAAUUAAUUUCGAUUGACCCUUCAGAUGGGUGAAGUUUUUAAUAAUAGAUAAUUUAAUUUGAAUGUGA